AUGCUGGGGCAGCAGAGUCCGGGGGAGGGGGGCAAUUUCGCCAUUUUAGAAACAGGACGAUCUUGGAGGAGAAGUCUGCAGGCAGGGCACAGAUAUUGGGCCAGCUGCACCAGCAGCAUCGGGGGCGCGGGGAGCUCAGCAGCGGGACAGAGCCGGGGCACCCGCGCCUGGCGCCAGCCCUGGUCCGAGCACGUGCCUCCUGACCGCCAGGGCCGGCCGGCAGCUGACCCUUCGCGGCUUCUUCCAGGGGCUGCAGUCAUUCACACACGCGUGUCGCCAGGAGCGCGCGCCCAGCCGGGCUCUCCGUCGCCGGCACGCUCGUACGAGGCAGCCCUCGGGGCACGUGGAGCUGGGCGUGCGUCUGCCCCGGCGAGCGAGCGCCGCUACAUAAACCCGGCGCCGCCGGCUCGCCCCGCACGCUUCGCAGCCCUGCGCCCGUGGCCGCUGCCCACCGGGGCCGCUCCAGCCGUCCUGCCGCUGCUCCGGGAGCCGCCUUCGCCACAGCCGGAGCUGCAAGCGCCGCCGCCGCCGGAGCCCAGCAGCGAGGCGUAGAGGCGGCAGGAAGGAGUGGGGCAAAGGGGAGCGCAGCGGCCCCGCCGGGCCAAGGAGAGGCGGCGGCGGCAGCAGCAGCAGCAGCAGCAGCGCGGGAGUCCCGGCAGACACAGCCGCCCGCCGC